GAGCUCGAAAGAACGGAUGGAAUGUAUGGUCCACGGGGUGAUAAGUAGCUCCUGACGCGAUCCAUUGCAAGUUGGAUGAAAUAUGGCCUAUUUUCAGUUUCUAUAAGACCCAUUCAAUUGCUACGCAGUUCUUGGCAAAGGUGGUAGGGAAAUAUUUUGGAUAUUCUUCAGCAAAUGCAAAUUCCAAGGCCUGUUUUCAGUUGCUACGUUACGGUUCGAGGCCAAUCGACUUCUUGCUCACAAUUUUGCCCUCCCCCCAAGCAGAAGCUCCCAGACUAUUAUUUUUAAAAAGCCGACAAUGUUUCGCUUUGUCUCGAAAAAUCGAAAUGCCAUCCUGGCCGGAACAGGAGCCACUGUGAUGGGUGGUUACCUUUUCUUGCGUCCCAAGCAGCAUCCUGAUCGCAUUGUCAUUGUUGGAGGCGGCACCGGAGGAAUUGGCGUUGCGGCAAUGCUUCGAAAUGAAGGUAUGAAGAACGUAACUCUCAUUGAGCCAAAAGAUGUCCACUACUACCAGCCACUUUGGACCCUCUGUGGAGGCGGCGUCAAGAAUGUCUCAGAGAGUGCAAAACCCAUGAAAGAUAUUCUUCCCAAGGGUACCAACUGGGUCCAGAACAAAGUUGAAUCAUUCCAACCCACUGAGAAUAAGAUCACCACAGCCGACGGAAAGAAAAUCGAGUAUGACUAUCUUGUUGUGGCAGCAGGAAUCGAGACCAAAUUUGACCAGGUUCCCGGUCUUCAGGAGGGUCUUGAAGGCAAAGACUCUGGUGUGGUUUCAAUCUAUGAUUACAACUGGGCGGACAAGACUUUCAAGACCUUCCAAAGAGUCAGUGGCUCAGGCGCCUUUGGCGACAAGCAAAAGGCGAACUAUCUCUUUACUUUCAGUCCAACUGUUCUGAAGUGUGCAGGUGCCCCGCAGAAAAUCAUGUGGUUGUUGGAAGACACUCUACGUUCUCAGGGCAAACGGGAUCAGGCCAACAUCACCUAUUGGACCCCUGGUGGAACCAUGUUCGGUGUCAAGUACUACUCGGACAAACUCAACAAGAUCCGAGAAGACCGUGGUGUUGAGGCCAAAUUCAAGCAGCAGCUUGUCAAGAUUGACCCAGAGAACAAAGUGGCAACGUUCGAAAACGUUGACACCAAAGAAAAGGUUGAACAACCCUUUGACAUGUUGCAUGUAGCCCCGCACAUGUACGCGCCCGCCUUUCUGCAAGGAUCCCCCUUUCUGAUGCAAAGGGUUUUGUCGACGUUGACAAGCACACCAUGCAGAGCACCAAGUUCUCCAAUGUAUUUGCACUUGGAGACUGUACCAAUACUCCAAAUUCGAAGACAGCUGCUGCCAUCACCAGCCAAGCUCCUGUCCUUGUCCACAACCUUCGAAGGGAGAUUGAAGGGAAGAAGCUCGAUGGUUUCUACACUGGCUAUGACAGCUGUCCGUUGA